AUGAGCGCCAGAUGGGUACUGGAUCUUACGGCUCGUUCCGAAGAGUUCGGUCUCGUCACCGCAGUAUUCUCCAACUCAAUACUUCUCUACAUGCUUUUCUACAAAGCAAAUCCGUCAUUCGGCGCGUAUCGCCGUUUGAUGAUCUCCUACGCUGUCAUUGAAAUGGUAUACUCAAUUCUAAGCUUCACGUCGGGAAUGAUGGCCCACAGUACAGAGACUUCUUGCAUCUCGUUCAACUUGUACCACGGCUACGUUAGUCGAGAUCUUGCGCCGAUUUUUCUGGUUGACUUCUGUGGAAUCUACUUCACUUUGAUCCUUAUUCUCGUCGUUCAUUUCAUCUAUCGCUACGUUGUUGUCUGCGAUUUCCACAAGCUGAGAUUCUUCAACGGACCAUAUCUUAUGUUCUGGGUGAUUGGCGCAGCAGUCAGUGGAUUCUCAUUGGGCUACUUGAAAUUGUGGGCGUUUCCUGAACGAGAGCAUCUGACAAAUGAGCUUCGUGAGGAAUUCUCGCAGUUCUAUAACUUAUCAAUGGAAGAAGUUGUGUACAAUGGGCCAAACUUCUACAAGUGCAAUGAGAUCGGCGAAUGCGCGAGACCCUCAGCUGACUGGAUCAUGCAGCUCAUUCUGACUGGUGGUUUGGUCAACUCAGUUAUCAUCAUGUCCUACUGUGGAUUCUGCUGUUGUAAGAAGCUCCGGGAAAAUAGAAAACACGCAAGCUGCCGGACAGCUGAUCUGCAAAACCAAUUGAUGAUAGCUUUAAUCGUUCAGGCAGUCAUCCCGAUAGUCUUCAUGUACAUCCCUAUACUUCUCUUUUUCACAACACCAAUUUUCCAUAUCGGGUUCGGGCCAUAUAUCAACGUUGCAAUGGCGACACUGGCGAUCUACCCACCAAUGGAUCAGUUUUUCAUCAUCUACAUAAUAAAAGACUUCCGAACCGCUUUAAAAGAGAUCUUCAAAUGCGGAAAAGCUGUUUCUGACGCAUCAUCAUCAUCACAAGCGUUUUCCUCGCGACUGACCUAA